UUGACAAAAAUGACCACGUGCCCCCCAACUCAAUUUCAAUAAACAAAGAGUUUAAUUUGAGACAAAACACCAUAACCAUACUCCACCUUCACCUCAAUCCCCUCGAAUCCUGUCCCCCCAAAAAUGUCGACUCCGCUUGUAACAAUGGAAACGAAGGCCAAAGCAGAAGUUUACCAUGGAAACCAAACAUGCAGAGACAAAUUCACGUCGUUGUUAGCAGCAAAAGGGUUGCCUAAUGGCUUACUAACUUUGCAAGACAUACAUGAAUGUGGUUACGUUAAGGACACUGGCUUUGUCUGGCUCCGCCGCCGCCACUGCCGGCAUAAAAUGUCGUCGAAGAAAGACAGCUUUUACAGGUUCGAAAACGUUGUCAUCAGCUACGACACCGAAAUAACGGCGUAUUUCGAGACAAACAAGAUCAAGAACCUGACUGGUGUUAAAGCUAAGGAGUUCAUGAUUUGGGUCAACUUAACUGAAAUCUACGUCCAACAAUCUCCUUCUUCGACGUCGAUGAUUACGUUCAAAACUCCGGUCGGCUUGUCGAGGUCGUUUCCAGUAUCGGUGUUUGAAGCUGGAGCGGUUGCCGUGAAGGAAUUAACCGAGGAAGGCAAGGAAGGAAAGUAGUGCAAGAAAGAAAGGUGGUAUAUGUAGAUUACAAUCUCAAUUGCCAUUUUACUUGUACGUAUUAAAUUUCUUAAUACAUUGUGUAAAUUGUAUCAAUUCAUUCUCUUUUUCUUCUUUCGGAUAAAAUUUACUUA